UCACGGGUGUUCGGUUUUCGCUGGCAGCUGCUGCGAUGGCGUCAGUCAAAUUUAUUCGCGAAUCAAUUUGUUGAUAAAUAGUCUGAAAUUGUGCAAGUUUUCAUACAUAUUUCGUGUAUAACGUCGCAUAUACACAGAAUAAAGUUCAGAACAGUGAAAGAAACAAGCUGACGCAUCAGAGUGACAGCUUUGUUCCCGUUUUUUAGCAGCGCGUAGGUGUAGUAGUGACAUCGCGCUCCGAUCAGCUGUUAAACUGUUGCUGUAUACAUUCAAACGUCUGUUGUGAACAGCAGUAGCUGAUAUUUGUAAACAAAAUUUAACUCGCGCUUGGAAUUCGCGAAUUUUGCCUCUUAUUACCUUCGAAAGGUCAACGUAAGGUGCCAAAAUGGCUGAUAAGAGCCUUGCGAAGCGCUUAUCGCUUUCAUCAUCGUCGAAAAACCGAAUGGGUCAUCCGACGGGCAGUGGCGGGUUUGCUGGACUAGGAGUAGGAGGAUUACCGUCUGGAUCGAAGCUUCCUUCGGCCAAGGCAUUGGCUACCGUUGCAAGUGCGGGAGUACCUUCGCCCGGAUCGCCUGGAGAAAUUUCACUAGUUCCAUAUAUCAAAACUGCUGAUAACGGGAAGGUGCUGCCAAAGUAUACAGCGGCCUUAUCUAGCACCACGGAUGAUUUGGUUCCCGCAGAAGACUUGGAUAUGGUACAAUUGGAACUGGAACUUUUACUUUCUACCGUUGCUUUGCGUUAUCGCGUUUUAAAGAGCGAAAUAGAUACGAUCGACAAGGCAGACGAAAGACGCGAAAGAAAAGGCAAAUUUAUAGACAAGGCGCCAAGCUCGCCUGGUAAAAAGAAGCGACUGGAUGAUAAACAAAAAUUCCGCGAUAACACGGGAAAACCAUUUGGACAUCACAUGAAACUGGCCAAGCUAAAAAAUAUGUCCUCUUUGAUUCCACCUUCCCCGGCUCCUUCGCAGAACACUGAUGACAGCAGCGAUGCGGUUCCAUUUUUGCCGCCAAACCAUCAUAUUCAGCAUCUCAUCUCCGAUAAUACCAACAAUAAAUUGAUGCUCUCCAAGAACGACACUCCGAACAAAUUUUGGAUGUCGGCCGAGCCCUAUUGUAUGCCCAUUACACACGAGGAUCUGAAACUGCUAGAUGAUCUACUAGAAGAGUAUUCGGGACCAUUGAUUCCGCCGAUUCCGGAAUUGGGCCCGCAUUACAGCACACAAUGGGCUGCAGAUGAUAUUAAGGAGGAACAAGAUUCGAGCUCGAAGAAGGCAAAGGGACUCACAAACGGUGAUAUUGGAAAGAAGGAAAAAGUGAUGGGUGAAGGUAUAACCGGACCGCUAACUCAACGUCUGGUUUCAGCUUUGAUGGAGGAAAAUUUGCUUCCUGAUUGUAACAGUACUAGUAACGAGAACAGCAACAGCAGCUCCGACAUAGGUCACAGCAAUUCGAGAAGUGCAGUUUCGUUGCUGAAGAAUGGAAUUAGCAUUGAACGCCGUUUGCGUAAGGAGCUGAUCGAGCAGGGCAUUUUAGAUGAUGACGAUAUGCCCAAGAGCCAGCAGGAUGAUGAAAUUUUGUCCGAAAUUAAUCGUGUUCGCACAGAGAUUGCAGUUAUAGCCGAGUACAAUUCUAAUGAAAUUCGAAAGCUGCAGUCAAUGGCCCAGGACGAGAUGAAAAGAAUCGAGGUUAAGAGGAAACUUGAUAGAGUUGAUCAAGAGAUAAUCGAAUGCUACAAGAAAAUUAUGGCUGCAAGACUUAAGCGUCGACCACUUACAAAACAGGAAAAAGACGAAGCUUAUCGUCUGGCCGAGGAGCAAAAACGUUUAUCCGAUCAACUCGAAUUGAUGCCAGUACAUGGACCUUUCGCUAACAAUUGAAGAUGCACACUUCUAUCGACAUCUAAUUCUUCGAACUUGUUGGUAAACUAAAAUGUUCUCUUAAUCAUACCACAAAUAAAAGCAAACACUCUCAUUCAAUUUAAAAUUUUCUUCGCUCAAUGUAUGUGAGGUAAAAAAAAACAAAAUACCGAACCCAAUAAACGUAAUUGUUAGUCCAUG